UCUUUUUGAAGAAAAAAAAAACAGAGGAGAGGAAGGAUAUUCAUAGGAUUCAUCAACAGAGUGAGUGAGAAAGAAGCAGAAGAAGAAGGAAAGAUGAAUACUGAGAGAGAAAAGCUGGUUUACUUGGCUAGACUUGCAGAACAGGCAGAGAGAUAUGAUGAAAUGGUUGAGGCUAUGAAGAAACUUGCUAGAUUGGAUGUGGAACUGACUGUAGAAGAGAGAAAUCUGGUGUCGGUUGGGUACAAGAAUGUAAUUGGUGCAAGAAGGGCAUCAUGGAGGAUUUUGUCUUCCAUUGAACAGAAGGAAGAAGGAAAGGGAAAUGGGCAGAAUACGCAGAAGAUAAAAGAAUACAGACAGAAGGUUGAGGACGAGCUUUCCAAGAUUUGCAGUGACAUCUUGGUUGUCAUUGAUGAAAACCUCCUAUUGACCUCUUCCACAGGAGAAUCAACAGUUUUUUACCAUAAGAUGAAGGGGGAUUAUUAUCGGUAUCUGGCUGAAAUUAAGUUGGGGAAUGAACGUAAAGAAGUAGCAGAUCUGUCUCUCAAAGCCUAUGAGGCUGCCAGUAGUGUUGCCUCAACAGAUCUCCCACCUACUCAUCCAAUCAGACUUGGCUUGGCCCUGAACUUCUCCGUUUUUUACUAUGAGAUAUUGAACUCACCUGAGAGGGCAUGCCACCUCGCCAAACAAGCAUUUGAUGAAGCUAUAUCAGAACUUGAUACGCUUAGUGAAGACUCUUACAAGGACAGUACACUUAUCAUGCAGCUUCUCAGAGACAAUCUCACUUUAUGGACCUCAGAUAUUGCAGAAGAAGGGGAGCAUUCCAAAGUUAAUGACUCCUGAAGCAUAGGGAAUGGCCUGGCAUGAAAUUAUAAAUCCAUGGGAUGAGGGUUCUCACUGAAGGCUGAAUGGCAGAAUUUGCUGUGUAAACGCAGAGAUGGUGACUGCUUGCUUUUAAUUUCAUAAUUGUAGAAAGAAUCGUAAGAUCCUUCCUCGUAUCUAGAAUAGAUUUUCAUUUAUUUAGCUGGACUUAAUGCUCUCUUAUAUACACAGAAUUUGCUGUGUAAACGCAGAGAUGGUGACUGCUUGCUUUUAAUUUCAUAAUUGUAGAAAGAAUCGUAAGAUCCUUCCUCGUAUCUAGAAUAGAUUUUCAUUUAUUUAGCUGGA